ACCGCUGCCGCCGCCCCUAGCCCUGGCAGCCCCUGUCUCACAGCCUCCAGCAGCUCCGGCCACUCGACCAGCCAUGUCUCUCAGCGGAGCCUCUGAACGCAGCGUCCCGGCCACCAAGAUUGAAAUUACCGUGUCCUGCCGGAACCUGCUGGACCUCGACACCUUCUCCAAGUCUGACCCCAUGGUGGUGCUUUACACGCAGAGCCGGGCCAGCCAGGAGUGGCGAGAGUUUGGCCGGACAGAGGUGAUCGACAACACGCUGAACCCAGACUUUGUGCGCAAAUUCGUCCUCGACUACUUCUUUGAGGAAAAGCAAAACCUGCGCUUUGAUGUAUACAAUGUUGACUCCAAAACCAACAUCUCCAAACCGAAGGAUUUCCUGGGACAAGCAUUCCUGGCCCUGGGAGAGGUGAUCGGAGGCCAGGGCAGCCGUGUAGAGCGAACCCUCACGGGUGUACCAGGCAAGAAGUGUGGGACCAUACUGCUGACUGCAGAGGAGCUUAGCAAUUGUCGGGAUAUUGCCACCAUGCAACUGUGUGCAAACAAGCUGGACAAGAAGGAUUUCUUUGGGAAGUCAGACCCUUUCCUUGUGUUCUAUAGGAGCAAUGAAGAUGGCACGUUCACCAUUUGCCACAAGACAGAGGUUGUGAAAAACACACUGAAUCCUGUGUGGCAACCCUUCAGCAUCCCUGUGCGGGCACUGUGCAAUGGAGACUAUGACAGAACAGUGAAGAUUGAUGUGUACGACUGGGACCGGGAUGGAAGCCAUGACUUCAUCGGUGAGUUCACCACCAGCUACCGGGAGCUGAGCAAGGCCCAGAACCAGUUCACAGUGUAUGAGGUACUUAACCCUCGGAAGAAAUGUAAGAAAAAGAAAUAUGUCAAUUCAGGAACUGUGACACUGCUCUCCUUCUCUGUGGACUCUGAAUUCACUUUUGUUGACUACAUCAAGGGAGGGACACAGCUGAACUUCACUGUAGCCAUUGACUUCACAGCAUCUAAUGGGAAUCCUCUGCAGCCCACCUCCCUGCACUACAUGAGUCCCUACCAACUCAGCGCCUAUGCCAUGGCCCUCAAGGCAGUAGGAGAAAUCAUCCAGGACUAUGACAGUGACAAGCUCUUUCCAGCUUAUGGCUUUGGGGCCAAAGUGCCUCCAGAGGGACGGAUCUCCCACCAGUUUCCCCUGAACAACAAUGAUGAGGAUCCCAACUGUGCGGGGAUUGAAGGUGUGUUGGAGAGCUACUUUCAGAGCCUGCGCACAGUGCAGCUCUAUGGGCCCACCUACUUUGCUCCUGUCAUCAACCAGGUGGCCAGGGCUGCAGCCAAGAUCUCUGAUGGUUCCCAGUACUACGUUCUACUCAUCAUCACUGAUGGGGUCAUCUCUGACAUGACACAGACCAAGGAGGCCAUUGUCAGUGCCUCCUCACUGCCCAUGUCUAUCAUUAUUGUUGGUGUGGGACCAGCCAUGUUUGAAGCAAUGGAAGAGCUGGAUGGCGAUGAUGUGCGCGUGUCCUCCAGGGGACGCUAUGCAGAACGGGACAUCGUUCAGUUCGUCCCAUUCCGAGAUUAUGUUGACCGGUCAGGAAACCAGGUGCUGAGUAUGGCCCGACUAGCCAAGGACGUGCUGGCUGAGAUCCCAGAGCAGCUGCUGUCCUACAUGCGCACCAGGGAUAUCCAACCUCGCCCCCCACCUCCUGCCAACUCCAGCCCAACCCCAGCUCCAGAACAGUCCUGAGGAGCCUACCUAUUCAGUAACUAGCAGUCUGCCUGCCUGCCCACCCACUGCUUCUGCUGAAAGCCAGAGG